GCGGCCCUGCGUCAGAGCGAGACUUCGAGACUCCGGACUCGCCGGCACAGUCGCCGCGCGGGAUCCGGCGGCCGGGCGCGGGCGCACACCUCCGAGCCCCGCCACGCGCCACCUCACUCAGGUCCCGGCCUCAGCCGGCCCCGCCACUCGCGCACACCCCUCGAUGACAUUUCUCCGGGGCGCGCGGCGCGGAGCCCGGGCAGCGCGCGUCCGCCGGGGAUAGUCUGCUUUCCCCGGAGCCCGACCCGGGCGGCUGCGCCCGCUCGUCCCGCUCCUCCUCCUGCUCCGCGCCGCCGCCGCGUGGAUGCCAAGUACCAGUUUUCCAGUCCCUUCCAAGUUUCCACUCGGCCCUCCGGCUGCAGUCUGCGGGAGCGGAGAAACUUUGGGGCCCGCGCCGCACGCCCGCGGCACCAUGAAGUCGGCGGAGGAAGAGCACUACAGUUACGGGUCCUCCAACAUCAGUGCUGGCCUGCCCCUCUCCACGGCACACCCGUCCCUGCCCACUCCAUGCCACGACCUGCAGACGUCGGCGCCGGCUGUGGUGGCCGCGGGCCACCCCUCGGGGUACGGAGCCGCUGUGGACAGUGGACCCUCGGGCUACUUUCUGUCCUCCAGCCACGUGAGGCCCAGCGCGGCUCCCACGCUGGAGAGCCCGCGCAUCGAGAUCACGUCAUACCUGGGGCUGCAGCACGGCAGCAGCCAGUUUUUCCAUGAUGUGGAGGUGGAGGGCGUCCUUCCCAACUCCAAGCGGUCCCCGUCCACAGCCACCUUGAGCCUGCCCAACCUGGAGGCGUACCGCGACCCCUCCUGCCUGAGCCCGGCCAGCAGCCUGUCUUCGCGCAGCUGCAACUCUGAGGCCUCAUCCUAUGAGUCCAACUACUCGUUUCCAUACGCGUCCCCACAGACGUCCCCGUGGCAGUCCCCGUGCGUGUCCCCCAAGACCACGGACGCCGAGGAGGGCUUUCCCCGUGGCCUGGGGGCCUGCAGCCUGCUCGGCUCCCCGCGACACUCGCCCUCCACCUCACCCCGCACGAGCGUCACGGAGGAGACCUGGCUGGGGGCUCGCACCUCCCGGCCGUCGUCCCCUUGCAACAAGAGGAAGUACGGCCUCAACGGCCGGCAGCUGUCCUGCUCCCCCCACCACUCGCCCACGCCGUCCCCGCACAGCUCACCGCGGGUCAGCGUCACCGACGACACGUGGCUGGGCAACACCACGCAGUACACCAGCUCGGCCAUCGUAGCCGCCAUCAACGCCCUGAGCACCGACAGCAGCCUGGACCUGGGCGACGGCGUCCCCGUCAAGGCCCGCAAGACUGCCCUGGACCACUCGCCCUCCGUGGCGCUCAAGGUGGAGCCGGUGGGCGAGGACCUGGGGACCACGCCGCCCUCGUCUGAUUUCCCGCCAGAGGAGUUCCCCUCCUUCCAGCACAUCCGGAAGGGUGCCUUCUGCGACCAGUACCUGUCAGUGCCACAGCACCCGUACCAGUGGGCCCGUCCCCGGUCCCCGACAUCCUACGCCAGCCCAUCCCUGCCUGCCCUCGACUGGCAGCUGCCGUCACACUCGGGGCCCUACGAGCUGAGGAUCGAGGUGCAGCCCAAGUCCCACCACAGAGCCCACUACGAGACGGAGGGGAGCCGGGGGGCCGUGAAGGCGUCGGCAGGAGGACACCCCAGCGUGCAGCUCCACGGCUACUUGGAGAACGAGCCACUCACGCUGCAGCUGUUCAUUGGGACGGCAGACGACCGCCUGCUGCGGCCACACGCUUUCUACCAGGUCCAUCGCAUCACGGGCAAGACCGUGUCCACCACCAGCCACGAGGCCGUCCUCUCCAACACCAAGGUCCUGGAAAUCCCACUGCUGCCGGAGAAUAACAUGCGUGCAAUCAUUGACUGCGCCGGGAUCCUGAAGCUGCGCAAUUCAGACAUCGAGCUGCGGAAGGGAGAGACGGACAUCGGCCGGAAGAACACGCGCGUGAGGCUGGUCUUCCGGGUGCACAUUCCGCAGCCCAGUGGCCGCACGCUGUCGCUGCAGGUCGCCUCCAAUCCCAUCGAGUGCUCCCAGCGGUCGGCCCAGGAGCUGCCCCUUGUGGAGAAGCAGAGCGCAGCCAGCUGCCCGGUCCUUGGCGGGAAGAGGAUGGUGCUGUCCGGCCAUAACUUCCUGCAAGACUCCAAAGUCAUUUUCGUGGAGAAAGCACCAGAUGGCCACCACAUCUGGGAGAUGGAGGCGAAAACGGACCGAGACCUGUGCAAGCCGAAUUCCUUGGUGGUCGAGAUCCCCCCGUUUCGCAACCAGAGAAUAACCAGCCCCGUCCAAGUCAGUUUCUACGUCUGCAACGGGAAGAGGAAGAGAAGCCAGUACCAGCACUUCACCUACCUUCCUGCCAAUGUUCCAAUCAUAAAAACAGAGCCCACUGAUGACUACGAGCCUGCCCUGACCUGUGGACCAAUGAGCCAGGGCCUGAGCCCGCUCCCCAAGCCGUGCUAUGGCCAGCAGCUCACCAUGCCGCCCGACCCGGGGUCCUGCCUCGUGGCUGGCUUCCCGCCCUGUCCACAGAGAAGCGUCAUGAUGUCGCCGCCACCCGGUGCCAGCCCGAAGCUCCACAAUCUUUCUUCCGCCCCCCACAGCAAGGGCAUGGCCAGCCCCAGCCUCAGUCCCCUCGGACUUCAGCGGCCAGCCGGAGGGGUCCUCGCCGGUCAGGAGGCGCCAAGACCCGUGGGCGCGCACCCCGGCUCCCCCCAGCAGCCGCCCCCUGCUCUGCUGCAGCCACAGGUGAGUCCACAGCUGAGCAGUAGCUGUUCCCCGGGUCGCCAGCCAGCAGUCUGUCCCAACAGCCCCUCCUCUCCACUACCGUCCGGUACCCAAGAGCCGACCUGUUUGCAGUCCUGCAGCCCAACCCGCCCACCCGGGAUGGGCCACCAGCAGCACCAACUGCCGAAGGUUCCGGAAAAAGAGUCUGCAGCCACCGGGCCUCUGCCGCUGCCCGAGGCGCGUGAGGACAGUAAUCAUAGUCUGGCCCCCACACCCGUAUCGGUCAAGCGAGAGCCUCAAGACUUGGACCAGCUGUACCUGGACGACGUAAAUGAAAUCAUACGAAACGACCUCUCCAGCACCAACGUCCAUUCAUAGCUGGCGACAUCGGAGCUCACUCAGAAGCUGCGUGGUGUCGACGCGGCGGGUGACAGUGGAGCUCAGCAUGCAGACUUCUGACUGAAUCACCUGAACACACACCUGGUACCACUCAGAAGUUCCAACUUACUGAAGACCUAUUAUACGUAAAAGACGUAGCGCUUUAAGCACAAAGGAAUGAAGGAAUGAAGGAAGGAAAGACCACUCCAUCUGCUGAAGGAAAAGUCAUCUCAAGAAGAAAAUAAAGGGGCUGGGGCGAGUGGGGGAGACAGACUGAUGGCACCCACAUGGGAAUGACCCCCCAGCAGCCUGACCCCGCCGUCCCCUCGGCACCCCUGGAUUUCAGUACUGGAAGUGCCUUAUGUAACCCGACCAGCAUCAGGGCGUCGGACAAUUAAGCUAGCAGUAGAGUAUUUGUAGGAGUAAAGCUAUAAAAACAUUUCAUCAUGAGGCUUUAUCCUUUGUAUAAAUUAAGAGAAUACUGGUGAGCUAGGCGUUGUGAGAAAAACCUAACAAAGUUCCUACUUUUUUCUAACUUUCCUGGGCUGUAAUAUACAAUUUUGUUGCCUUGUUCAGUACAUUUUAGAAAUCUUCCAAUUGUCAUCUCAGCUCUUCCGUAUUACCCUUCCCUCCCCUGUGUUACUAAAACCAUAGGAUUGUUAAUUGUAGCAUGCUAGGGUUUUGUUUUUAAUCUGGCUUCGAACAUAGCACAAGUAGGUUAUUGGACAAGAAAAGGGACCUGUCCCUCACAGGACAGGUCUUGCAUUUGCAUGUACAUACAUAGGCAUGUAUUUGUGUAGAAAUAAUAAGUAACAGGUGGUGACAGUCAGUCUUCGUCCAGCAAAGGCUUCCGCACCAGCAAUAACCCGGAUGCAUUUGGGGACAUCAUCAACUCCACACCUGGCUUCCCAGCUACUUCCACCGGGGUCCGGCACCCCCUACAGGCUGUGCAGUUAACAGAGCACUUUCCAAGCCUGGGGAGGUGCGCUCAGAGUACCCUGUGUCACCAAAUGGCGAAAUUGGAAAGGAGCUAUAAAUAACGUUGCAAAGGGAGUGUAAUAUAUUUGUUCAGCUAUAAGAUUAUUAUUUCACAGAAGCCUUAUAACUCUGCUUCAUCUAAGACCCCGAUUACCAAAAGCACUGUUUCAAUAGGCAGCGACUGUGGUAGGUUUCCGGUGAGUAACUGUUAAAGGACAGGCUAGUGUAAGCUUCACAGCAUUUUGUACAAUGAACAGAUUAUUGCACAUUAUUACUAGUAAUGGUCUGUCGUUUCACAUAACCAAAAACGCAUGGAUUAGUUAAAACAUGUUGAACCUAAUAAUUGUGCCUUAGGAAGUCACGCCCCGUCAUGGAACCUGCCUGGUGCGCCCACGGGGGCAGGUUGUAACUUAUACGUCAUUAAACACGAAGUGAUGGUGGGGGAGAGCACUCCCACAGAAAGAACUAUUUUUAAAAUGUUCUCCUGUACGAUUAUGUCUUACUUUUUUAAUUCACAGAAAGAAACAAAAGUCUGAAAGCCAUAUUUGUAACAUUUGCACAUAACUGUGAAGAACUGAAGAUAUGGCCCCGUGUGUAUCUGACCUGCUCCUGGCAGGUGUCACUCCUGCCUGUCAGCCCAGGCCUUGGCGUCUAGCAUCGUAGCGUUGCAUGGAACACUCUUAGUAGACAGUCAUACGGAAAGGAAGCGUUUGAUAUUUGUGUCAGCUAGCUUUGUAGUUAGAAAAUAGAUCCAAUAAAGCGAUAUUUUUU